CCCUACCCCAGCCAGCAGCUCUGUGGGCCAGGACUUUGGCCCAGGAGAGUGAUGGCCUGGUGGCUCCGGGGCUAUAAAGGCUGUGCAGGCCGAAGCUGCAAAGGACGCCUGCCAGAGCCUGAGUUUGGUCUGCGGCACCAUGGACGCCCGCUCUCUCCUGCUGCUCUGGCUCCUGCUGCCGCUGCUGCUGCUGCUGGGAUGUGAGGUCCAGGGUGCCCAUCUGACCCAGCAAGACGAGCCCACCAGCCCAGACCUGCUGGAGACCCUCUCCACCUACUGGGACAGUGCCAAAGCGGCUGCCCAGGGCCUGUAUAACAAUACUUACCUGCCCGCCGUGGACGAGACGAUCAGGGACAUCUACAGCAAAGGCUCAGCGGCCAUCAGCACUUACACGGGCAUCUUAACCGACCAAAUCUUGACCAUGCUUCAAGGAAAACAGUGAUGGCCAGGAGAUCGGGGAGCCCAGGCCCAGCAGCCCCAGGUUCUCCUGAUUGCCCAGCACUUCUCACCUUUCUGCCUCCAACUCUAGCCUGAGUCUCAUCAGUGAAUGAAUACUGGAUAAAUGCAGAAAUAAAAGCAUAAGUGUCCUUUGUCCCCUCUAA